AUGAAGUUUCACAGUCUAAAGGAGAAAUCUGCUCACAGACUCAUCAUGAUGAAGCUGACUCUGUCCGUCCAUCUCAUCUGGAUUCUCCUCAGCUCUGGUAACGUCACUCUUUCCACUUUAUUUAGACAUUGAAUGAAAACCUGAAAUUAGUUUAAAAGAAGUUUUCAGAUAUUAAACGUCUUUUUUCACCUGAAACACAUCCUAUCGUUCUUCUGCUGUACAGUCCAGAUAAGCUCAUGUGAGUAGAAACAGUAGAGCAGAGAAGAACAAAAAUUGAGUGAUUAAAAUAUUUAAAGGGGUCUAAUCUAAGGAUCUGUAGUUUUAAUGACAGGAUAGAUCAUUUCAAAAAGGAAGGCAGAUUUAGAGAAACUACAUCCAGAACUUUGCUGGUUAGAAAUAAAAAAAUUCUGUUUAGUUGAGUUCAAUCUUGAUCAUAUUGACUUUAUUCAGAAACUGAUUGUGACGCCACAGCACACACCACAGCAUUAUUAUUAAACCGGCAUGUCUGUCAAACUAUCAUCCAAAAGGGUCACCACAAUCAACAUGAUGUGAAAACUUCUCACAUCGCCUAAAACAAUCAUGACUUAAUUCAUCUCUGUCUCUACAGCUGAAGCUCUGAAGUGUUACCACAAAUCUUGGGAACCGAGCUGGGAGGACCCAACGUCCUGUGCUUCUCCUGAUGAGCAGUGUGCAGGAAUUGCAGCAGGUUAGAGGUGCAGGAGGGUUAAUGUGUCCUUGAGUCGUUUACUGAGUCUGUUUCAUAUAACCUCUUCUACCAUAGUUUUAAUCCUGUCAUUAUUUGUGUUCAGACUCGGAGAUGAUGUUUAUACCCCCUAUGCACGUAAAAGUAGGAAAAUGUGUGGCGCCCUCCUUAUGCUCUGCAAUUGAGUGACAAAUUUCAUUCACUUAUGGUUCAUCAAGAGUGGCUCUCACUGGUUACUGCUGCAAUAAAGACGGCUGCAACAACAGAAAUGUCAAGGGUGAGUAUUUUGGCUCAUCUCCUUGCUAAACCACUCUUUCUGAAAUGUUCCCUGCUAAUUACUGAUCCUCUUCUUUUCCCCAUCUGUGUUGAUGCUCUCACCUGUAACCUUUCUUUGUAACCAGAGUUUUGAAUUUCACAUUUACUUACACGGAUGAAACUUGCAGUACUCUCCAGAAGAGAAACUUGUGUCCUUCUGUUUCAGUGCCUGAUGUGCAGACACGAAAUGGCCUGCAGUGUUUCACCUGUUCAAAUCCACUGGACACUGUCUGUGACACCAUAGUUCAGUGUGUUGGGAUUCAGGACCGCUGCUUCAAAGGAAACUGUAAGCCUCUCUAAUGUGCUCUGAAAAACAUUCAAAGAAUCUGCUGCAGUCUUCUAACAUUGUUUGUUUUGUCACAUCUACAGUGUCAUUGCAAGGCAAGACUGGCCCAGUGCUCGGCUGUGCAUCUGCAAACCUGUGUGAAGGCAACAUUGAAGGGGAGAAAAGUCUUUUCUCUAUGCCUGUUCAAAUACUAAGUGCACCUCAAUGUUGUGGGACCAGCCUGUGUAAUUCAGCUCCGACCUUCAGACUGAGUGUUGUUCCUGUGCUCCACCACAGUACGUACACGGAUAAAACUUGCAGGACUGUCCAGGUGAGAUUUCCAACUCCUCGGGUAAACUUGUGUUCUUCUGUUUCAGUGCCUGAUGUGCAGACACGAAGUGGCCUGCAGUGUUUCACCUGUUCAGGUCCACAGGACACUGUCUGUGACACCAUAGUUCAGUGUGUUGGGAUUGAGGACCGCUGCUUCAAAACAGUCUGUAAGCCUCUUUAAUGCGCUCUGAAAAACAUUCAAAGAAUCUGCUGCAGUCUCCUAACAUUGUUUGUUUUCCUCACAUCUGCAGUGUCAGUGGAAGGCAAGACUGGCCCAAUGCUCGGCUGUGCAUCUGCAAACCUGUGUGAAGGCCACACUGAACUGGAGAAAAGUCCUCACUCUCUACCUUCUCAAUUACCAAGUGCACCUCAAUGUUGUGGGACCAGCCUGUGUAAUUCAGCUCCGACCUUCAGACUGAGUGUUGUUCCUGUGCUGCUCAGUCUCGUUGCUCUCUCUGCCAAUUAA